UUGAUCGUUCCAAGCUUGAUACAUAAGGUAUCCCUAUCGGCCACACUUCUUGUUGAUUGAUUCACAAUCUGACUCUGGCCUCCCCCCGCAUGUCUCUUUUCUCGUGGUAUUAUUUACUGAUACCACCCUCGAUCGUCUGGAUCUGCAAACUGGUGUUCUUUUGUUUGGAUUCAUGCUGUCUUGGUAGGACACCAACUUCUCCUCGAGAUACCCUAUAAACUGCAUAUAUCCGUCAUAGGGACUCAGAGCCGGAUUCCAAUCUCGAUCGAUCUUUCAAACUUAACGGGAUCAUGGACUUCGUCAGCCACCCGUACCGAGAGGGAUUCGUCCUCAAUGGAGGGAGCUUCUCAACAGAUGUCGACGUCAUCUCAUCAAGACCACCAAGGAAGUCCAGUCUGAACAAUAACUUUUCUUAUCCCAGACCAGAUAGUCAACUGCGCCGCCAUGAGUCAAGUGAUAGCUGUUCAUCACUGGCGUCGAACGGCUCCAUGCCGGGGAUGACCGACUCCUCUGAUUCGGAGACGUCAUUCGAUGAGGACAGUAACUAUAAUACGACGGCUGGUGAGCUGUGGGACAGUUUCUGGCUACACAGCGCGGUUAUUCCCGGGGAACAAUACCCCGUACUUCUACGGGCCUCCCAGACCCCGAAUUAUUUUACCAAGAGUUUCCCCCAACGCGAUUUCCAUGAGGCCAACGACACAAUCACCAUACCGAACUUGAAACAGGACUAUAAGGAAAUCCCAAAUUCAUCAUGCGACACUCCCACACCACAGCCGUCGCCUCCACGCCCAACGGCAAGAAACGGCCAGCCAACAUACUCCGUUUAUCCCAAAUUAGAACCCGCUCAUAUGCUGCGAGUUCCUCUUCCACCGCGCACAUCAUCGCUUAAUACAGCAGCAUUAUCACCACCCCGGCGCCAGGCACCAAGGUCUAACAGAUCAAAUUUGAACCUCAAACCCAGCAAGUCGUCUCAUAACCUCCGAGCAUGUCGUGCCGCUCCUCCGGUAUCCGAGAUACCUAUACUGCCAGCGACAGCCAACUCGGUCCCCGCGUCUCCUGCUUAUCCUCCGCCCCCUCCGCCUAGGGCCCUCCGCUCAGUGACCUCAGCCACCAACUUGCGCGAUAAGCAGAGUCCGCUCAACCAGCCUAAACAUAACGCUACGGUACCAUUAUCGCCACUCAGCGCAGUAGCCCCGUCGCAGCCAACUUCUCGACCGGAGCUUGAGCGUUUAGUAUCAGUGUUCGAAGUCGACUCGGAUCAUGAGUCAUACAUGGAGAGUAACAGCUUUACUAAACGGAUUGCUCGUGGGUUCCACAAGAAGAGUGCCAGUGAGAAACGAAACGACAACAACCGUCGAGGCAGUGGGAGCUCUGAUUCUCAGGGCUCUGAAAAGGAGAAGGAAAAGGAGAAUACGAACCGUAAGCGAGGUGGUAGCUUAGGUCGAAUCCUCGGACUCAAGAGCCGAUAAAUAAUGACCAUUCGGUUUAUUACAUUUAUCCUACUUUCUACGCAAAAUCUUCUUUCAUCGGGCUACCUGGAAACAGUUUCACCAACCCUCAAAAGCUCACCACGAAUUUUUAACAUUCAAGUCUCCUAUGUUUUCAUGGCAUUUCACUGGCUGGCCCGGCAUGUACGAGAUUGAGAACGUCUUAUGAGUCUAGCAAUGGGCGACGAGAAAACGGUGCA